AUGGACAAAAAUACAUGUAAUGUCGUGGUGUUAGACGACCUUGAAGGUUUCAUAAAACGUUCAUAUUUUGCAUCAACCCUCGAUAUUUCCCAACGAAUAAACUCCAUCAAGCCACACGGGAUUCAAACCAUCGUCCAGCUCCUCGAAGAACGUGAAAAAUGCGUACCCAAACUACCAGCAGUAGCGGUGACAGUUCCUGGAGUUUAUCCUGAGGACGAAUGGGGAAGCAGACGUUUCUCGUUUUUGGAACUGUCCAGAGUUUCAAACGAGUUGGCCCACAUAAUGGUCUCGGAGGGGGUUGUCCCAGCCGUCUCCGAGGAUGAUAUUGUGAAAGGUCCACCCCGUGUAGCUAUAUUAUCCCAAAGCUCCAUCGAACUCCUCACGAACUUCCUGGCACUAAUCAGGAUUGGUUAUACUGUGGUAUUAAUUGCGUAA